AUGAAUAGCUAGAAAGGAAAAUCUAAGUAUGUAUUUUGGUUCUUAUAAAGAUCACCAUUAAUCAAUAAAUCUAUUAAAAAGCAAAACAGUGAAUCUGAUUCUAGUUCAUCAGAAAGAAGGUAUGGUAAAUUUUGGACUCCUAAUGAGGACACAUUGUUAAUAGGAUUACAUAGAAAGCAUAAUGGAAAUUGGCGGUAGAUUUCUGAAGAAAUUCCUGGAAGAAAUUUAAGUUAAUGUUAAUAACGGUGGAAGAGAAUUAAUCCUAAUAAGGUAGUUAAAAUGGCUAUAUUUGAUUAGACAAAACUGCGUAGACAAUGGACAGAUGAAGAAGACAAAAAAGUAAUAGAACUUGUAUAAGAAAAUGGUAGAAACUGGAAGUUAAUUGAAGGAUUUAUGGUUGGGCGUACUAGUAAAUAAAUAAGAGAAAGGUUUUUGAAUAAUUUGGACCCAGAGAUUAAUAGAUCAAAAUUCACUAUGCAAGAGGACAAAAUAAUUUUAGAGCAGUAUAGAAUUUAUGGGCCUAAGUGGAGUGAAAUUGCUAAAAUGUUAGAUAGAAGACCAGUAAGAAGUGAUUAAAUUAUAUAGGAAAAUUAAGUGAAGAAUAGAUUUUAUUCAUACAUAAAGAGAGUGAAUAUGUUAGAAGAGAAAUCAGAAGAUGAAGACAAUGAUGGAGAUUCUUCUAAUUCAGAACAUAUUCAUAUUCCUCCUCUUUAAUAAAUUAUUAUACCUUUAGAGACUAUUUAAUCAAUAAAGGAGGAACAUGAUAGCAUAAAAAACGAUUCUUUAAAAAACGAUUCAUUUAUUAAUCUUUAGAAUAGAACUCCUUCAAAUAGAAUUCAACCUUCAAUUAAUUUAAUAUAGGGUUUAGAUUCUUUCGAAUUUAAAUAAGUUGAUGGGAUACACUCUCUAGAUAUAUCACCUUUUCAUUAAAGAAGAUUUAUGAAUGAAUAUAGUCCAAUGAAUUUUGAAUAUGGAAAUCAUCAUCCUACGUUCGAUAAUAUGUAAGUGGAUGUAAAAGAGUUAAGAAAUUAGAUAGAAUGCAUAAGUUUAGAAAAAAUUAAUUGA